AGCAGGCCUUGCGCACGGGAACAUGGCGGCGUCCAGGUGGAGGUCUUGAGGAGACGAAAUCGGUAUGGCUUUGACGUCGGGAUCCGCAAAGCGGGCGCUGGCUCGCCCCGGACGGCUCGGCCUUGGGGGCUAUGGAGCCCCGAAACGCGGGGCGUAUGAGUGGGGCGUCCGCUCCACGCGGAAGCCCGAGCCUCCUCCCCUGGAUAGGGUGUACGAAAUCCCUGGAUUGGAGCCCAUCACCUACGCGGGGAAGAUGCAUUUCGUACCCUGGCUAGCGCGGCCGGUUUUCCCGCCCUGGGAUCCGAGCUGGACGCAUCCAAAGUUCCGCCGCAGUCCUCCGAUUCACGAGCACCCGCUGUACAAGGACCAGGUCUGCCACACUUUCCACCAGCGCAGCAGCCUCCUCGAGGGUGUAAAGCAGGCCCUCUGGCUUACCAAGACCAAGUUAAUAGAAGGCCUUCCCAAGAAAGUGCUUAGCCUUGUUGAUGACCCAAGGAACCACAUAGAGAACCAAGAUGAACGUGUUCUGAACAUGGUCUAUCAUGCCCGUCUCUGGCACUCAACUGAAGACAUCCCCAAGAGAAAGUCCUACUGCCCAGUCAUUGUGGACGCUCUGAUACAGCUGUGUAAGUCCCAGAUUUCAAAGCAUCCUUCUCUGGCCAGGCGGAUCUGUGCCAAAAACUACAGGUUAUCCACUACGUGGAACCGAGAGUCUAUUCUCCUUCAGGUCCGCGGUACCAGUGGGGCCCGGCUGAAUGCCAGGGAUCCUCUGCCCCCUGUCGCCUCCAGAGAGGAAGUUGAAGCUACUAAGGAUCAUGUUCUCGAGACCUUCUAUCCCAUAUCUCCCACUAUUGGUCUUCAGGAAUACAAUGUUUAUGACGAAAAAGACGACACAGGAUUCCAGGAGGGUUACCCUUACCCCUAUGUGCACACCCUGUAUUUGCUGGAGGCAGCCAAUGUACGAACAUACCGCUUUCAGCCAGAUCAGCUGAGGGCCAAGAUGAUCCUGUUUGCCUUUGGCAAUGCCCUGGCUCAGGCCCGGCUCCUCUAUGGGAACGACGCUAAGGUUUUGGAGCAGCCCAUAGUUGUGCAGAGUGUGGGCACUGAUGGACGGGUCUUCCAGUUCCUGGUGCUACAGCUGAACACCACAGACCUGGCUUCUAACGAGGGCGUCAAGAAUCUGGUAUGGGUGGACUCAGACCAGCUCCUCUAUCAGCAUUUUUGGUGUCGCCCAGUGAUCAAAAAGAAGGUGGUUGUGGAACCUGUGGGGCCGAGGGGUUUCCAGCCAGAGACGUUCAAGAAGUUUUUAGCUCUGUAUUUGCACGGCGCUGUGUGAGCCAAGGAGCUUUCUGAGGCCUGAGGCCCCGCCGGCCGUCCCUCAAUGAAGAUCCUGCACCCUGGGCGGUUCCUGGGGCUGUGCCUGGGCCGGCCUGAAAACCUAGUGCUCUUUCAGCCUGGUGGUCACGCUGACAAUAAAGAGUACCGCCCGUGCACUGGAGCCUGUGCU